GUCGCUAAAAGUCAGAUUUCUGAGGCUAGCUAUCACCUAUUCAUUUUCUGUUCAUUAUAUUCAUUAUUUAUUUAUCGAAAUUGUUUCUUAACCUUGUUCAUAAUUAUUUAGUUAUAACUUAUUUUAUAACUGCGUGAUUAUUAGUCAGCGAAUGUCGCUUUGUCUAAUUGUUAGCUAACUGUGCGGCAGAAAAAUGGCGACUAAUGGUCGUGAGGAGGAAAGCGCCGCUGCCGCUGCCGAUGCUGCGAUCUGGAGGCAAAGGCUGCUCAAAUGCUGGAACUUUGUCCUGGUCAACAAGUUUUUGUUUCUAAGUCUGUUGGGGGUUGCUGGUGGUGUCAUUCUGGGCUUGAUUCUGAAGACCUACACACAUUUAACUUCAGUCACCCGGCACUACAUCGGCUUUCCUGGAGAAAUACUCAUGCGGAUGCUUCAGGUGGUUACCGUUCCUCUUAUUGUAACCAGUGUGGUUGUUGGUGUUUCUGGUCUAACUGUCAGAGCAUCCAGAAGAAUUGCCAUUCGUGCAGUUAUAUAUAUUAUGUCAAGCUCACUGAUAGCUGUGAUCACAGGAAUGAUAUUGGUCGUGAUUAUCAAGCCAGGAGUCAUGACCAUUACUGAACAUGGCAACGAU